UUUGGAAGGAGAGAGUCGACCCCAAUCCAGAAAGCUGACGUCAAAUUCCAAAGAGACACCCAACCGCAUAAGGCUUUUGACCUUCAAGUAUUUUAGGACGUUCGAAAACUUUGCAUAUUUCUCGGAAUUUGCCCAAAAUCGUUUGAAGUGUCGAAGAGGGAAACGCUGCAUGGUAGCAACGCCGGUCCGCCAUUACCACACAUGCGCACUCGUUGGAAACGGCGGGAUUCUCCUGGACAGUAACUGUGGGAACGAGAUCGACAGUCAUGAUUACGUCAUCAGGAUCAACAUGGCGCCCAUCAAAGGUUAUGAAAAGGACGUUGGAAUCAAAUCCAACAUGACGUUCGUCAACCUACAGAGAACCCUACAGCUGCGGAAAGAUCUGGUGUCCAGAAGAAAGAGAAAAGAGAUGCUCCAAGACUUAGCUCUCCUGAAUGGCAGCGUCAUCAGCUACGUCAAGCCAACCACAGCUUCCGUUACAAAAGCCUUAGGGGCUCUGAGCUCAGUGCUGAAGGAAAAUGAAAUAGACAUCACCAUUACGUAUUCAUUACGUAAUGUACCAGUAGUGAUGACUAGGAUGCUCCGCUCUACUCUGAUAUCCGAAAUGAAGUCUCCAACAUCCGGGCUCAUCGCCUACAUCCUGGGAACGACGUUCUGUGACGUCAUCACCCUUUACGGCUUCUACCCAUUCGCCACGGACAUGCGCAAUAGGACGCUGUUUUAUCAUUACUAUGAUCACAUCCCCGUGAAUCACAGAAACAGGCACAAUUUUAAUAUUGAAUAUGAUUUUCUGAGGUCUGAAAACCGAACUGCGUCAGUUAGAUUGGUUACGGACGUCUGCACAUGAAAUUAGCACAUAUACUACAUUUUAACAAUGCAAGGUUUGUUAUUUAGGAAAAUGAACAUGUAUUCAGGCUUGAAAAAUAGCGCAGUUGGCAACUUAGUCAACUGUCUUUCAUACAAUUUGCACAAUACUUUGAAAAUAUAUAUAUUAUGAAAAGAAUUUCGAUUAAAAAAGAACAUCGCUAGAGAUAUCAAAAGAUAUCAUGCGAAUGCAAAUUCCUAAGUUUCACUGAAAUGCUGUCCUUCGCUAAGGUAUAAAUACGCGUUGCUAUUUUCUUUUCUCAAUGUUUCUUUAGCCAUUGAUAAAGUUUCAGUUGACAAAUCCGGCUAUAGCACAAUACUUGGGAAAUACAUAUAUUUUGAAAAUAAUAUCGAUUGAAAAAAUGACAUAUAGAGGUAUCAAAGAUAUCACGCGAAUGCAAAUUCUAUAAAAAGUUUCAAUGCACUGAAAUGCUGUCCUUCGCUAAGGUAUAAAUACGCGUUGCUACAUGAAGUUUUAGUUGACAAAUCCGGCUAUAGGAUC